AUGGGAUUAAGGAUCAAGACUGUUGAAGAAGUGAAAAAGAAGUUGUCUCAGUUCUUCAAAAUGACGGAUUGUGGUGAGAUGCAACACUUCCUUGGCAUGAAAAUUGCGUACGAUCGGACACCAGGAAAGAUGCAGUUUUCGCAAGGAGCAAGCAUUGAAAAAAUGCUGAAGAAAUUUGGUAUGAAUGAUUGCAACCCAACAAGAACACCCAUGGAGAAAGGAUUACAGCUGACUUGCAGUAAUACUGGAACCGUUAAUGAACCGUACCGAGAAGUUCUAGGCAGCUUAAUGUACGUUAUGAUGUCCACUCGGCCGGACAUUCGUUUCCCAGUUGGAUACCUUGGACGAUUCCAGCAAGAACCGGAACAACUACACUGGACAGCCCUAAAACGAGUGGUACGUUACAUGAAAGGUACGAAGGACAUGUUUCUGGAGUUCUCUCGUGGCAAGGACGUGGAGCCAUUAGUUGGAUUCACUGACUCGGACUGGGCGACGGAUACUGUGGAUAGGAAAUCGGUGAGCGGAUUCUUAUUCCAAGUUUAUGGCAACACGGUCUCAUGGUCAAGCAAGAAGCAAACAACCGUGGCUACCUCCUCCAGCGAAGCCGAAUACGUUGCGUUGAGUGCUGGUGUGACAGAAGCAAUUUGGUUGACUGGACUCUUGGGCGACCUUGGUGUAAAGAUUACGAAACCGAUACCUAUAUACGAAGACAACCGUGGCUGCAUUGGGAUGGCUUAG